AUGGGCCCUGCUUCUUCUAAGGCUUCUGACAAAGCUCUCAAGCGCCCGAGGAAGGUCAUGACACUUCAAGAGAAGGUAGAACUUUUGGAAAUGUUGAAGGACGGGAAAAGUUGCGCUGCAGUAGGCCGCCAUUAUGGCAUAAAUGAAACAACAUCAUCCGCACAAAAGCACAAAAAACUCUACCAGCAGUUUUCAACUGUUACAGAAGGCGGCGACUUACAAGAAGCAGACUUCUUAGGCUUUGAUGACUCUGCUGAAAAAGAAGAGGAAGAAGCAGAACCAUUGUCAGCUCCUAAAGGUUUUAUGGCUAGCAAAUGGGUGGUUCACCGUUUUCUGAAGCGGUUCCACAUAAAGCGUUCUUGGCAUAGGGAAAUGACAUCAACAGACAGGGAAGCAGCUGCAAAAUAUCCCGAGACCUUCAAGAAUAUCAUCAGGGACAAGGGCUACCGUCCAGAGCAGGUGUUCAGUGUGGACCAUACUAGCUUGUUCUGGAAGAAAAUGCCUUCACGGACAUAUCUCAUGAAGGACGAAGCCAGUGCCUCUGGAUUUAAGGCCCAGAAGGAUAGAGUUACCCUUAUCAUGUGUGGCAAUGUUGCUGGCUUCAUGCUGAAACCAGGCCUCAUUUACAGGGCUGCUAACCCCAGGGCCCUCAAGAAUAAGACAAGAACUGCUGCCUGUGUUUUGGAUGCAUAA